AUGACAUUCGGAGAAGUAGAAUCAGAAGAGGAGAUAAUAGGUAAACUUUUAGAAAGUAAAUUUCAGGGUGGAUUACAAUCCGGUAACAUUACGAUAGAAAUAAGAGACGAGUUUUACUUGCCUAAUUUCGAUUACAUAAGUAACUUGGUCAGAAAUAUUCAAAUAAAAUGUCAAGCUUUUGAAUUACGACUUGAAAUGCAAAAAAAAAUAAAUGAACCUAGAACAUAUUAUACACAAGAGUUGUGUGAAAUUAAUAUAAUCGGAAGGGAAAACGGAGGUGGUACAAUACCUGGGGACGGGUUAGAGAAAAAAAUAAAUAUUUUUACGAAGGGUCAAUUACAACAACCUACAACACAAAAAAUUAAUGUUGAUGAAAUUUUAAGGCGGAUGAUUAAAAAUAGACCAAGUACAACGCCUAGUACCACAAAGGUUGGUCAGCUUUUUGAACAAUAUCGUAAAGGAAAAAAACCGGAGAUUACAAUAAUUAAAAGUGGUAAUUCAACCAUAACCAAUAACGAAAAUUCGGAAAUAGAAAGAACAAUUAGAAUGAAAUAUAGUAUAAUAAUAGGGUUAAUGAUGUUGGUACUAAUAGUAGCAAUAACCGUAUUAGGAAUUAUGGGAUAUAAGUGUAAAUGUAGGAACAAAUAUGAUAAUUAUGGUAUAACGGAAACACAAUUGGAUUGUGAUCCGAGGGUAGAUACUACGAAAUUAUAG